CAUGCACGCACACACACUCGCUGCACAUGCAUCGAGUGGAACAGAUCCACAGGCUGCACAGUAGUGAGGCAACGGUGUGUGGUUGAGAGAGGGGGGUUGGAGAGAGAGCGAGAGAGAGAGAGAGAGAGAGAGAGCAUUUACUCUCCCUCUCGCCAACUUAAGGAAAGCACCAGUGUGGAGAAGUUGCAUGAAGUGUGUGGUUCCAACUGAGGACUUUCUUAUCAGACCAUGGAAGCCAAGAAGUGGUGGUAGAAGAACAAGAAGAAGGAAAAAAAACCUCCCUGCUGGCUGAGACCAGAGUCUCAUCUGAGGGAUUACUGGACUCUUCAUAUAUGUGCUUGUGUCAUGGUGAUAUCCUACAUGAUCGUCUCUUGUUGACAGGAGCCUCUCUGUGUCUUGGAUUUCCCAGGGAUCAAAGUUUGUUUUCUGAGCAGAGUGUGUGAAUGAAGUGUGCGGAAGCAGGGAACAUGUCAAGCGGACGUUUCAGUCACCUGUUGAGGGGCGUCUGGCUGCUGUGGCUGUGGCAAGCUGUGUUUGUGGCUGGAACAGGGAGUAAACUGUGGGAGGUGCCCACAGCCUCCUUCACUUCCUCCUCCAACCUCAGUGAGAGCCUGCAGUGGGAACAGGACUGUCAGUACCGCCACCUACAGGACAGAGUGAGAAUCACAGCAGACAUCCCUCCAAGACUGGAUGGCACAUGGGUGUCAACAAGAUGUGAAGUUAGGCCUGGUCCAGAGUUCCUCACCCGCUCCUACACUUUCCACCCCAGCCGUCACUUCCAGGCCCUGCAGCACUACUACACAGACAGCGGCUGCGAGGACCCAACCUAUUCCCUGAUGAUCAGAGGGAGGCUUCGUCUGCGCCAGGCCUCCUGGAUCACCCGUGGGGGCACCGAAGCUGAACAUCACAUCAGCAAGGCAGGCAUCGUGGUCCACAGCCUGGCGGCCAAGCAGAGGCUGGCCUCCAGCUUGCCUCCGACCUGCGUGGGUCUGAUCUUGGGUCGAGUGGUGCCAGGGAAGCUGUAUGAGCUGUACAACACAAGAGCGGGGAGGGGAUGCCUGGCAGCGCUGGGCUUCUCCAUGAUAGAGAUGGGACUGAUACGGGUGGAGACGCAGCACCACAGCCAUGGAGGGAAGGUCCAGGAGCUGUUGUUAGGGGACGUUCACACUGACUGGACACAGAGGACUCAGUACAGACCUACAGGGUACCAACAGCCACUGCAGAACGCCAUGCAUCACAUCCACCCCUGCCCUGUGUGCGCGCUGGUGUACCGCUCCUCCGAGCAGCGCCCCCCAGUGUUGCCCCGUGGCCCCGCAGCUCCUCUGUCUCUGGCCGGCCGCUGGGUCAGCCAGCGCUGCGAAACCCGCCCCAACGUCCUGUUCCUUACCCGAGACUUCACCUUUAAUCCUGACCAGCACGCGUGGGAUGGCAUCUACCGGCACUACUCGGACCCUGCCUGCUCUCAGCCCACUUUCACCCUGAGAGCCUCGGGCCACUACGCUCAGGGAAACCCCUCCGCCAAGGUCUCAGGAGCCACUGAGUUUGUCUUCAAGGUCACACAGGUGAGAGUCACAGCUGCAGAGGAGUCCACAGCGAAGUUGCUGAAUGGGACGAGGCCAGGAAAGUGCGGCCGGGCAGGCAGCUGGGAGGUCGGGGUGGAGCAGGACUUGACCCCCACAGAUGGGUGCACCCUGCUGGGUAUCAAGCUGCCGCAUAAGGAGUACGAGCUCUUCAAGACUGAGCUGGACCACAGGAAACACCCACUGCUGUUCAUCGGAGAGAGGCCGACUGACGGGUCCAGUCCAGACCGACCGCAGAAGAGGCCCACUUCCUUUCAGGCUCCCAUGGUGCUUUGCAGUGGGGGGGAGACACAGCCUUCACAUCGCUAUGGCUCAGGUUUUAACAGCAAGCAAGUCCAGUUAGCAGCCAGUGGGACAAAGAGACUGGCACAGCUGGUGUUACUGGUGCUGGGAUCUGUGCUGUGCAGCUGGUUCUGUGUUUAUUAGAGACAAUGUUCACAAAUCAAGCCUGUUACACAGCUGAAGUCAUUGAUGGACAUUGUUUUCUGGCAGCUUUCUUUCACUCUUCCUCCAAAUGAUGAUGACCACAUGUGUGAUGGUCAGGAAAAAUCAUGAGACACUCAGGAGAGCUGAAUCAUUUUUGAUAUCUGGCUUUCAGAUGCUGCCUGUAGGUUCACUUUAAUGACUAUUAACUUCAGCUGCAUUUCUACCUAAAACUAAUCUGUAUAUAAACCACCAAUAUAUACAAGUGCCACCAUUUCAGUAUGUAAAAAUAUAUUCUUUUAAACCAUGUUCCUUCUGUAUAAUGAUCAGAUGUUCUCACAGAUUUAUUCCUUUCUGCAUAUUUUUGGGUAAAUUCGUUUUUUUUUUUGUAAUGCUAUUAUUUCAAAGCAAGAUCACCAAUGUGGUUCAGUUAUUUCCACAUACAAAUGAAAGCCAUGGACAUCACACAAGAGCUCAUUUUUAUCCUAGAUGCAGUAUAACUAAUGCACUUUGUACAGAUGAUUGUUUUCUCAACAUACUGGAGAGAAAAUAAGUUGGAAAUGUUUUAACUUUUGUAAUCAGCGCUUUUAAUAGCUGCCAUCUUCCUUGGUCUGAAGCCACUGUGGUGUGAAAUGUUGCUUCAUUUCUGUCCUCUUUCACAGCUUGUGUAUUAGUUUCUAUCAGCAGAUCAAUCUAAACAAAUCAAAUGAAUAUUUAUUUUAACCAUUUAUACUGUACUUUUUGAUAAGAGGAAGAUGUUGGUUUAAUAUUUUAGUUAGUUUCGCCAUUUAAGAAUUGAUUAUUUUCUAUUUGUA